CCGCGCAUGGUGCGUUUGUUUACAUCGCUUCUUUAUUUUUGCGAAAGCGCUAGCCCGCAGCCAGCACCACACAUCUAUUAGUAUUGUGGGAUAAAUUCCUCUUUGCGAAUUACAAUUGUGCUACUGUGCCCGCAACAUCAAAUAUACUACCCAAAUAGCGAUAGACUCUUUAUUCGUUUACCCUAACUUUUAACGCAACGACGUUCUAAACCGCUCCCCACCGACAAUCCAAUGCAGCGUGGAACAGUUGUUUCGGCGAACACACGGCACGAACACGCAACGGCGAGAACGAGUAAUAAUACUUACGUAGCAGAGGUUAGUAUUGUAUCUACCGAUUGGUGCUCUAUUUCGAUUGCAAAUCCUUAAUUUCCUGCUCAAUGUUGGUGCGUGCGGCACUCUCGAAGCGCUCGCUGAACUGCGCCGUCAUGUAAAUGCUCGGUAUGCGGCUCAGCGCUUGCAGUAGCUGCAAAGAAGAAAACACAAGUUCCGCUAAACGCUUCCUGAAGGUGCAGCCGGCAUUUACCUUAAGGCGCAUUUUAUCGUAGGAACUGACAUCCUCUGCCGGACAUUCGUUACGAAGCUGCUGGGUGUAUUGUUUGUACUCUUCCGCCGGGAUACUGGCAUGUCGGGAAUGAUAGAGAGCGAUAGGGAGCACAACAUUAGAACUAACUCUAAACCAGGUGCCCCAUCCCCCCCCCCCCUCCAUACUAACUCACCCCAGUACUAGCAGGUCCAAGUCCUGAAAGUAUUGCACGUCACUCUCGGAUAGAUCCCCAGCCUCCAUCUGCAAGUCUCCCAGCAGUCGCUUUACGUUCGCUUCCAGCGUUUUCUGGAAAGAUGAUCCGCAUUAGACAGAUCAACCUGCAGCAAUUGCUUGGGGGACUUACAUUUUCAAUCUGUGCAUCGGUAAAGAAUUCACCCACUGUCUCACAAUUCCGUGCGACACAGUCUUUGUCCGCCUCGAAGUGGUAAUACUGAAACAGGGCGGCCAGCUGAAUGCAUACACUCGCUCCCGUUAGAUGAGGAACCUUUCGACGGAUCAGCUCGGACUCCGUGUGGUAGUGGCGAUGGCUUUGCGCGUACUGUGCCCGAAGCUUGGCCAACCACCUGUCCGCUGUGUCGGGCGCCAGUUCCAGCGCGGUGCUGAUGUUUUCCCAUAUCGAUUCCAUCGGGUUCUAGUGUGUCGAUCUUUCUUAAAAUCUACAAUAGCAGAAGGGUUACACAAAACGCUAAUAUUUUAACACUACGUUGGGUGGAGGAAAAGCUAUCCUAAAGUGGGUGCAAUCUUCUGCCCAGCAAGUUGUCGUGACUAAUGUCAUUGAUUUUGCUUCUUCGAGCCUUUGUGACGGAUUGAACGAAGCAUGUAGGAGAAUAGGACAUGCGCACUGCGGUAGAGGUCCUCCAGAAAGGGAGCAACUACUUGCAUGUUUCAUACUUUUCAUAACAUGCACUACCGUCUGUCUGUCAGUGUACCAUCGCCACCGAUCGGUCUGUUUACACCCGAACGAAUACAAUCUGAAUGAGUUUUGUUAUUACAAUCUUUCCACAACGCGCCAGCAUGGCUCGCACUAGGGCGGGCAAGAAGCAGCAAUUAAACGGGCCUGCUCAACCACGUCGUAGCACCAAAAAGGAAAAACCCAACACUUUCAAAGCUAAACGGAGAACUAAAAAGAAACCGACAAACCAGCUGGCACAAACCUUCGCAAGCAUGGAUACCCGGCAGGCAAACAUGAGCCCUGGCAAGAUGUCGAAAGCGAUGAAACGAAGCUCGAAGGAGAAUCUGCGCCGGUUGAGCGCUAUUGUGGAGAAACGUCGCAAGCAGCAGGAUGCAGUAGUGCAUCUCCAAAACAUGCCAGUCGCUGUCAAUCCACAGAACGGGGGUAUCAAAGAGAAUAAUCGACAAAAAUCGGCCCCCGAUACGAUCGUGAUUGAGGAUUCGGACGAAGAAAGUGAGCCGACGGGUGGUACGGGUGGUGAUGCAGUGGAAAAUGCUUCCGCUGAUCCUUUGUUUUACGUCGAUCGUAAUCCUGGCAUACGGGAGGAAGAUGUUCCACUGUACGUCGUCGGUAGCGAUGUGGAGGAACAAUCAGCAUCACCGAAGGAUGGUGAACCAAAACAACAGCAAUCAUCGUCGGUCAGUAUCGAACCGGACCGCCAGUCUGCCACGAUCGAACCGGACGAAAGUAGUGUGAUUGUGCUAGACAGCACGUUCGAUCAAACGAUGAACAACAGCAUGAAGGACAUGAAGAUCAACGCUGCUGAGUGUGUAGAACCAAUAAAGGUGGACACUGCCGAACCGUGCACGAGUUCAAGCAGUACCAGGACCAAUACCAGUGCCACUAAAGUACAAACGAAGAAGAAGAUCCGCUCCAACAGUCAAGUUGCCGAAACGAUCGUUACCGAUGUGAUCGAUUUGAGCGACUAUCCCGAUACGGAGCAACCUUCUUGCUCGUCAUAUGCUGCCAGCAACACCAAAACGCCAGCCUUUCCCACGCUGGAUUGUAUCCCGCUCGGGUACAGCGCGUCCAACGCUACACGAGCGAAACCCAAUCGUCCUCAACAGAAGCCACACACAAAUGGCAGUGGUAGCGGUAGUGGUGGUGGUAAAGGUGAUGGUAAAGGUGGUGGUAAAGGUGGUGGUGGUGGUGGAAAAGGCACGAAUACGAAUGAUGUGGUUAUUGGGUCGGCUCUUCAUGUAGAAAAGAAGAUAAAGCGGAUGGUGAUCAUUGAUGGAAAUAAUGUCGCGUAUGGCCAUCUCAAUGGGAAGAUGUUCUCGGUAAAGGGGUUAGAGCUGUGUAUAAAUUACUUUAAAAAGCUCGGCUUCGAGGUGACCGCCGUAGUGCCUCAGUUUAAGUUAAAAAGGCAUCAAAGCACGGACCAGGCAUUGCUAGAACAGAUGCAUCGAAAUGGCGAUGUAACGCUGGCCCCGUGCAAAAGUCUUCCCGGCCAGUGCUCUUCAUCGUACGAUGAUCGAUUAAUACUAUCAAUCGCCGAACAGUUUGAUGGUGUGAUCAUAUCGAACGAUAAUUUUCGUGAUCUUCUUGACAUUUCUCCAGAAUGGCGGCGCAUUAUAGAAACGCGUGUCGUCGGUUACUCGUGGGUAAAAGACUGCUUCUUCCUGCCGGACGAUCCGUACGGACGGUACGGUCCCACGCUGCAACAGAUACUGUAUCGCACAUCGCAUUAGAAGAUCACGCGAGUGCAUUUUUUUUUUUGAUAAACCAUAAAACUGUGCACUGUUUUCUGUUGGUACAGUGGGA